AUGGAUUUAUCUGAGAGCUCAUCAACAACAAUCCGUGGUAGGGGAAAGAAUAAAAGGAAGUUGACUGUUGCUGAGGAUGAUGAAUUGAUUAAAGCCUUGCAUGAGAUAUCUUUGGACCCAAGGUGGAAGGGUGAGGGAGGCUUUAAGAAUGGAUAUUGUUCAGUGCUUGAGACUCAUCUGACUGAAAAGUUACCUAACUGUGGAAUAUCUGUUGUUCCCCACAUUGAGUCAAGAGUAAGGCAUUUUAAAAUAAAGUUCAGGGCACUGGAGGUAAUGCUUAACAAAAAUGGCUUCAACUGGGAUGAGAAUAGAAAGAUGCUUCAAUGUGAAAAAACACAGUAUGAAGCACAUUGCAAGUAUCAUCAUGAAGAGAAGGGCCUAUAUGGUGUUGCUUUCCCUUAUUAUGAUUCAUUGGCUGCCAUAUAUAGGAGUGACAUAGCUACUAGUGAAGGCGCAGAAGGGCUUAGUGAAGUAGUUGGAAACAUAGAAAAAGAACUUGCAGUUGAAGGUGGUAAUCAUCAAGAGGAGGAGGAGGAUAGGAUGUCUAGAGAAACCCCUAGAAGCUCUAAUGACUCAGCUUCAUCAAGCUUGAAGAGGUAG